AUGGAUGGAGGUCUGGGUCCAAACAGCUAUGUUCAAAACUCCUCCUUUCAGAGAGGAGUUGUGGAAGUUGCCAAAGAAAAGAUCAACAAGGCUGUAGCCAAUCACUUUGACAUCAACACCCUUUCAGGGUCUCUAAACCCAAUAUGUGUUGCGGACUUGGGUUGUUCUACUGGACCUAAUACUUUCAUCUCAAUACAAAGCAUAAUAGAAGCCAUAGAACUCAAAUACAUAUCAAAAGGAGAAAAUACUGAAACCCCAAAAUUUAUGGUGUUCUUUAAUGACCAACUCUCCAAUGAUUUCAACACUCUCUUCAUCUCCCUCCCUCCCAAUAGGCAAUACUUUGCAGCCGGGGUACCAGGUUCUUUCUAUGGUCGCUUGUUUCCCAAGGCAUCUCUUCAUUUAAUUCAUUCGUCUUAUGCACUACAGUGGCUGUCAAAUGUCCCAAAAGAAGUUAUGGAUGAAGGGUCACCUGCUUGGAAUAAAGGAAGGAUUUUCUACACAAAUGCACCAAAGGAAGUUGAGGAGGCCCAUGCAACUCAAUUUGCCAAGGACAUGGAGUCCUUCCUAAUUGCUAGAGCACAAGAGCUUGUGAUUGGAGGGCUACUAGCACUUUUCAUUCCUGCCGUCCCUGAUAACAUGAGCAAAUUUGACAUAUUUGGUGGUUCGGAGUUGGACCUUCUAGGAUCUUGCCUAAUGGAUAUGGCCAAAGCUGGAUUAACUAGUGAAGCAAAAGUGGAUGCAUUCAAUUUGCCGGGUUAUUUCACCUCUCCUAAGGAAUUGAAGGCAUUGAUUGAUAGAAAUCAGCAUUUUAACAUUGAGAGAAUGGAAAUAUUGAAUAUUCAGAAAAAGUAUGUGAGCUUGCGAAAUCCCUCAAUGUGUUCUUUAUUCCUAAGAGCCGCAUUAGAAGGAGUAAUUGCAAAGCAUUUUGGAAAUGAUAUCAUGGAUGAGUUGUUUAAUCGCUACACUGAGAAAGUUGCUGAUUCCUCCUUCUUCUUAAAUCCAGAAGCUGAUAAAUCGAUUGUAUUAUUUGUCCUUUUAAAGAAAACAAUUAUACUUUAG